AUGACGGGCUCCCGUCCACCUGAACCCCACGACCCGCAGACGCAGCGCAAGCUCCUCAUCGCCCUGGUCAUCGCCUUCCUGUUCAUGAUCGUGGAGGUGGUGGGCGGCAUCUACGCCCACUCCCUGGCCAUCAUCACCGACGCCGCACACCUGUUGUCAGACGUGUCUGGCUUCGGCGUCUCUGCGCUGGCGGCCGUCUGGGCGGCCCGCAUGAGCCACAGCCACUUUUCCUAUGGGUAUCACCGCGUGGAGGUGCUGGGCGCCCUGGCCUCCAUCCUCACCGUCUGGCUGGUCACUGGCAUUCUGCUGGUAGAGGCCAUCCAGCGCAUCCUCGUCCCAGAGCCCGUCAACGGCAAAGUCAUGUUUGCGCUGGCGGUGACUGGCGUGGCGGUCAACCUGGGCCUGCUCUUCGUCCUGGGCAUCCACCACGGCCACGACCACGGCCACGGGGAUGAAGACGGCCAUGGCCAUGAGGAUGACCAUGGGCACGACCAUGGGCACAACCAUGGGCACGACCAUGCGCACAACCAUGGGCACAACCAUGGGCGCGACCAUGCGCACAACCAUGGGCACAAGCAUGCCCAUGGUCAUGCCCACACCCACACGCCAGCCAUCGGACUUGAGGACCUGGAGGCCUGUCACGACCCGGACGGCGCGUCGGCGCCCCUCCUGCCCCACGGCAAGGCCAAGGGACUGGACAAGGGGCACAACAUCAACAUGAUGGGCGCGGUCGUGCACGUCAUCGGCGACCUGGUGCAGUCCAUCGGCGUGGCGGUGGCGGGCCUGCUGAUCUGGAUCCACCAGGACGACCCUCGCUGGGCGCUGGCGGACCCCAUCUGCACCUUCCUCUUCGCCGCCCUGGUGCUGUGGACCACCAAGCGCGUGCUGCGUGACAUCGCCGACGUGCUGAUGGAGCGCGUGCCGCGGGGGCUCAACAUCGCCGACAUUGAGGAUGACAUCACCGCCAUCGAGGGCGUGGCUGGGGUGGGCGACCUGCACGUCUGGUCGUUGACCCCGGGCAUCCCACUGCUCUGCGCGCACGUGGCCACCCAGCCUGGCGCCGAGGGGGAGGAGGUGCUGUCCCGCGUCACGGCAUACGUGCGGCGGCUGGGCAUCCAGCACUCCACACUGCAGAUCGUGGGGCCGGAGGAGGCUGACAAGCCGCACGUGCACCACCAACACUGA